AUGCCCACAGUUACUAAAAUGCUAUUGGGUGGUUAUAAAGCUGAUAUUUGUGAGGAUAUUGACUCAACUUUCUGUCAAGGGAUCAAAACUAACAGACCUGACAUGUGUAGUAAUGCAUGUAUUUCUACUGUAUGUAAAAGAUCAUGCGGUCUUUGUCACGACGUCACAUCAUGUAAUACAAUACAGAUAUGUCCAAAUUCUGAUGAUUUUUGCUUUACCACACAAACAUUUUCAGAUCGAUUUAGAGAAACAUACCGAUUAGGAUGUGCCUCGAACAAUACUUGCCGUCAAUAUACUGGUAUAUCACGCACUUAUAGAGUCAAUGUUGAUGCUGGAUGUUGCAAUACUGACAAAUGCAACAAUAAACCUCCAGUUUUACUUCAACUGAAACCAGCUGUUACGCGUUCAAUUACAAACACAACAGCAAAUUUCUCGACUUGCAUGGAUAUUGAUCAAAUACUAUGUAAAAACUUGAAUGAUAAGCAUUCUGAAGUUUGUACGAAUGACUGUAUUUCUCAUCAUCUAUGUCCAAACGCUUGUUCAAAAUGUGUGCAAUGUUUACAGUGCAGUGCUGUAUCACAUCCUACUGAAUGCAAAACAACAACAGUUUGUGGAAAAGGACAGGAAUGUUUUGUUACAGAAACAUUACAGAUGACUUCAACGGGAACUCAAGCACUACAGCUUGGAUGUACAAACGAGCAGAUCUGUCAUCAAAUGAACAGCACCCGCCAUAAUAGUUUGGUACAUAAAAUUUUUGGAAGACGUCAAGAACAGUUUGUCUUGAGAGGUGGCUGUUGCAAAGGAAAUAUGUGUAAUUCAUAUUCAUUCUUGUUUAACUCACCAAAUUCAAGUCCAUCCACGGAUAUUACUAAUCUACAAAGUGCGACAUAUACAAACCAAGGAACUUCACAACACGUUCCAUCGUUAUCUGGAGUGUCAAAACCUGUUCCGACUAAACCCUUAUUGACAACAAAGUCAUAUUCACUAGAUUGCUCGUCUGCAGUACAUGUCAGAUGUCCAGAUACUUUCUAUCCAUACCAUGGAGCAUGCUUUAAGACAGGACCUGUACCACUGACGUACACUGAAAGUAAAGCAUACUGUGAGAAACAAUGUUUAAGAUUGGCUGAAUUUGAUCGUGAAGCCGAAAUGACAGCGGUAACCAGAAAUUUCCUUCAUCAUUUCAAUGGUGCUCCUCUGUAUGUUGGUGCUAUUAGUAAGACAUCUUCCCCAAAGUGGUUAUGGGAACGAGGUCAUCUGGAAGUUGAUGUACUAAUGUGGGUACAUUAUAACGGAUACGGAAACUGUGCUGUUACAAGAGAACUGAUUACCCAUUCAGGAAAACACAGACAUUCAGAUUUCGGACUUGAAGACGUUAAUUGUACACAAAGAUUUAAACCCUUAUGUCAAUUGUUCUUGCGUGUUUCAAAUUAA